CCACCUUUACUGCUGUCAUAACAGCAAAACAACCGAAAAAAGAGAAAAAAGAGCACAGAAAACACAAAAAGAAAGCUCCCAGAUUCUACAUUUAAUCAGUCAUGAUGUUUCCAAAUCUUGUAAAGGUAUCAGUUGGGUAUAUGAUGUAUGAGAUGUUACAACUGGUCAACUCAAUCGAAACCCAACUUUUCCAACUAGCUAGUUUUACCAGAUGAAGCUGCUAAAUAUGUUGGAAUUUUAUCCUAAGUGGUUCUUCUUAUUGAGUUAACUGAGUAGCCAAACGUUGCCUGAAGCUGAAGCAGUUUCUUUGUCUGCUUUUGAUCUGGUGUGCUAAUCGAACAUGGGUUCUGAAAAAUAUCUUAGCCUGUUAGAGACUAGGCGACUGAUAUGGCUAUUGGGCGUGGUUUUUGCCCUUGUUUUGGUGAUUCAGUAUGUUGGUUUUCCAUAUGGUUAUGCCCUAUCCUCUUUGUUUACUGCCAAUGUGGGUCAAAUAAGCAGCUCGCAAAGAGUAGAUCAAUCUCGUAAUUUCAGUAGGUCAGAAAACCUGACACAUGCUAGUGUUGUGAAUGCUACUAACACGAAUAUUAUCCAUGAAGCAACUAAUGAAACCACGCUCUCUGAUGGGAACAAUGAAAAGGUGGAGGAUGAUUCUAUGCCCCCAAUGAAUGAAGCCUCCGGUGAUACUUUAACUGAGGACGUUGAUCCAGAAGAUGAAUCCCCUUUUAAGGAUUCAGAAAUGGGCAACAAGUCUACUGGGGAAAGUUUUGGAAGAAAUAGUAGCGUAGCUCCAGAUAAGACUGCUGACUCUGAAUAUGAUUUACAAGCUUCAAAUGGAACAUCUGAAAGUUCUUCAUCGCGUGUGGAUGAUACUCAUGGGGGAGGCAGUAAUUCUCCAGCACCGAGGGAAGCUAAAACGUUGGAUAUAAGUCCCACAGAAAUGUCUGUUGCACCACCACCAAUGGUUAUGACACCUCAGGUCAAUGUUGAUGCAGAAAAGGGAGCUCCUUUGAUUUCUUCCUAUCAGAACAUAUCUGCAAAAGAAGGAAGCACAGGCCAUGUACUUGAAAAUGACAAAAUACCUGGGCGAAUUCGCACUGACCAUGCUCCUUCAGUUAGUCAUUCUUCUAAAAGCAACACUCCUGCUAAGAAGGAGUCGGGCGGGCCAAAAGAUAGUGUAGUAUCAAUAGCUGAAAUGAAUGUAAUGCAGCGAGAGACUCACACUUCAUUUCAUUCAAUGAAACCACGAUGGUCCUCAGAUGCUGAUCAAGAACUACUACAUGCAAAAAGUCUCAUCGAAAACGCACCUCUGGCAGGAAAUGAACCUGGCCUAUAUGCUCCUUUAUAUAGAAAUUUCUCAAUGUUUAAGAGGAGCUAUGAAUUGAUGGAGCAGAUUCUCAAAGUUUACAUUUACUCUGAAGGUGAAAGACCAGUAUUCCAUACGCCAGUGCUUAAAGGAAUAUAUGCUUCUGAGGGCUGGUUUAUGAAGCUCCUGAAAAGAAACAAAAAUUUAGUUACCAAGAACCCCAAAAAGGCUCACCUAUUUUAUCUACCGUUCAGCUCCCGUAUGCUAGAGGAGGCCUUGUAUGUACCAAAUUCUCAUAGUCGUAGGAACUUAGUUCGAUAUCUAAGCGAUUACCUCAACACCAUUAUCCAAAGACAUAAUUUUUGGAACAGAACUGCUGGAGCUGACCAUUUUCUUGUUGCCUGCCAUGAUUGGGCCCCUCAAGAAACAAAACGAAUUAUGGCUAAUUGCAUAAGAGCUUUGUGCAAUGCUGACAUCAAAGAAGGCUUCCAAUUUGGUAAAGAUGUGUCGCUUCCAGAAACAUAUGUUCGUGUAGCUAAGAACCCCCUUAGAGAAAUUGGGGGGAAGCGUCUUUCUCAGCGACGGACCCUUGCUUUCUUUGCUGGCAACAUGCACGGUUACCUUCGUCCUAUCCUAUUGAACUACUGGGAAAACAAAGAUCCUGAUAUGAAGAUUUUCGGCAAGAUUAGUACAGUGAGCUAUGUCCAAUACAUGAAGAGCAGCAAAUACUGCAUAUGUGCAAAAGGUUAUGAAGUCAACAGUCCUCGAGUGGUGGAGGCCAUUUUCUACGAGUGUGUCCCUGUGAUUAUAUCUGACAAUUUCGUACCCCCUUUUUUCGAGACUUUGAACUGGGAGGCUUUUGCCAUUUUCUUACCGGAGAAGGACAUCCCGAAAUUGAAAGACAUACUUGUAUCAAUCCCACAGAAGAGGUACCGGGAGAUGCAGAGAAGGGUCAAGAUGGUGCAGCAGCAUUUCCUUUGGCACGUCAAGCCUGUGAAGUAUGAUGUUUUUAACAUGAUUCUCCAUUCAAUAUGGCACAACAGAGUUUUUGGAAUAACGUCUAGGUGACAAAUGUACACGAAUAGAUAUUUUCAGAGUGUUUUUUAGAUAAUUUAGUGCAGCAUUCUUUUUGCACACACCACUUGGGGAAAGGUUUGAGGAAGAUGUAAUAAGUUGCAUGAAUAGGCAGAUGAGUCAUAGGAGAAAAAUGUAUGUAAUUGUUUCCUGUACAUAGACUUUAAAAGAAACCAUUUGUUGUUUCUUUAUUUUAGCAUUGUCUUCUUGUUUCUUC